GUAUUUACAUAUAUUAGAUUUAUUUAUUACAACAUUAUCGGAAUCAUCGCCAUUUAAGCUAUUCUUCCUCCUUCAUUCACCUUUGGUUCUUUCCUUUCGGUUAGAAUCCUCUCUCGCUUGCUUUCAUUCUUUUAACCAUCUUUUCGAGAGAAUAACACUUAACUACUACUUGCACCUCCCUUUCUCCUUCCCUUACCCCCUCAAUUCAUUCAUACAAACAUCAAAUAUACAAUGUAAUCGAAAUAUCACCAAUAAAUUUUUUUAAAAAAAGUUCCUUUCUGGUUAUUGUAUUUCACUUUUCCCUCAUUAUUAUUACUAUUUUCAUUUCUUAGAUUAUUAGGUUUUAUUUGGGUCUUCUUACUUGUUAAUUGUUAAUGCAUUUCAUUAUGUAAUUGUAAUAUUUCAAGUAAGGCGAAAAUUAGGUGUUUUUUUUUUUGUUAUUCAAAAGAAAAAAAUUAGGGUUAUUCGACAUUGAAAUAUGUCGGUUGCUUUGAGUUCAAGGGUAUAUUGGGAAGGUCAUCCAGGACAUUGUUCUGUUGACCCUAUCCUGAUUUACCUCACCGUGGAUAAUGUUGUUACCCCAAUGCGUGUUUUUGAGUCUGAUUCAAUUGCUUCUGUGAAAUUGAGGAUUCAACAAUGUAAAGGUUUUGUUGUGAAGAAACAGAAGCUUGUUUUUAGUGGAAGAGAGCUUGCUAGAAAUGAUACACCUGUUAAGGAGUACGGUGUUGCCGAUGGCAAUGUUCUUCAUUUGGUUUUACGCCUUUCUGAUUUACUUUUCAUUGUUGUUAGGACUGUUUCUGGGAAGGAAUUUGAGUUUCAUAUUGAUAGGCAUAGAAAUGUGGGGUAUCUUAAGCAAAGGAUUAGAAAAAAGAAAGGUAAACAAGGUUUCAUUGAUCUUGAGGAUGUUGAUGAUGAUCAAGAGCUUUUCUGUGAUGAUGAGAAGCUUGAUGAUCAUAGACUUUUUCAUGAUAUAUGUAAAGGUGAUGAUGGUGUAGUUCAUUUGAUUAUUAAGAAAUCGGUUAAGGUUAGAACUACACCUAUUCAUAAUGAUUUGAAGCUUUCUCUUGAGGCUUCUAUAACUGGAUUAUUACAACAAGUAGAAGAGAAUAAGAAUAGGAGCAAACAGAUUCAGAUAGCUAAGAUACCACCUGGUGUUGGUUUCUGGUUCGAACCUAUUGUUGUCAAUCCCAAGAUCAAUCUUUUUCCUUACCUUUGGGACAUGAUCAACUCCACAUAUGAGGGUUUGAAGACAGGAAAUAGUCCUAUUAGGUCAUCGGAAGGCACCGGAGGGACUUAUUUUAUGCAAGAUUUAACAGGUCAGAAGCAUGUUUCGGUUUUCAAGCCCUUGGAUGAGGAACCAAUGGCUGUGAACAACCCGAGAGGCUUACCGACUUCGUUGAACGGCGAAGGUUUAAAAAGAGGAACAAGGGUGGGAGAAGGAGCUUUGAGGGAGGUUGCAGCUUUUAUAUUAGAUCAUCCAAGGAGCGGGCCGCGUUUGGUGUCCGGUGAAGAAAUAGGGUUUUCUGGUGUUCCUCCUACUAUUUUGGUGCAGUGCUUACACCAAGAAUUUCACCACCCAAAUGGGUAUGCUUGCUCAUCAAAACAUGUCAAGAUCGGGUCGUUACAGAAGUUUGUGAAGAACGACGGUAAUUGUGAGGAUAUUGGACCUGGGGCCUUUCCAGUGGAGGAGGUGCAUAAGAUAACUGUGCUUGAUUUAAGAAUGGCUAAUGCAGACAGGCAUGCUGGGAAUAUUUUAAUCAGAAAGGAGAAAGAUGGCCAGAUUAAGCUCAUUCCCAUUGAUCAUGGCUAUUGUCUACCAGAUCAAUUUGAAGAUUGCACAUUUGAUUGGCUUUAUUGGCCACAAACACGUCAGCCUUACUCGCCCGAGUUAGUUGAUUAUAUCAAUUCUUUGGACGCUGAAAAAGACAUUGAACUUUUGAAAUAUUAUGGAUGGGAUAUUCCACUUCAGUGUGCGCGGACACUACGUAUUUCCACAAUGCUGCUGAAAAAAGGGGUUCAGAGAGGUCUUACUCCUUAUGCAAUUGGAAGCAUCAUGUGUCGGGAAAAUUUGAACAAGGAAUCUGUAAUUGAGGAAAUUAUAAGUGAAGCACAAGAUUCCUUGCUUCCUGGCAUGGAGGAAUCGACAUUUCUUGAUUCUGUCUCCCAAAUCAUGGAUUCCCGUCUUGAUAAGCUUGCAAAAUAGACAUUUUUCCUUUUCUGAUUUAUAUAGGUAAGGUAAUAAAUAUACCUAUGCAAUGUGAUUCAGUGAAUGACCCUAGUCCAUUUUUGGAUGGACUUCAUGUUAUCUGAAGACUGGCCUGAAGCUCUUGUUAUUCCUGGUUUCUCUGAACUGUUUUUUCAGGAUUGUAUUGACAUGUUCAACAUAAAUUUAAAGGUCUGAAUAAGAUGUGUUAUACUGAUUGUAGUAGCUUGACAAAGAAACUUGAUUUUUGUCAUUUGUACAUAAUAAAUUUGUUGUGUUAGAUUUUCACCUCCAAUGAAAAUGAUUAUGAUUGCAGCCAGGUGGCCUGAUUA